AUGUACGAAGAUGACGAUUUUGAUGUGGACUCCAUGCUCUCUUGUUUCUCUUCCUCUGAAAUUGACGAACUUCCACCGCCUCGUCUCGCCGUUGUAGAAGAGAUGGGUUGUGGGUUUCCUACCACCUCUCACUCGACCGCCUCUAGACCCCAUUCACUCGACCAUUGUUGCUCUUACAGCCGAGAUCACGGGACCAUUCCGGGAUGGCUGAUCAGUUCAUCGGCGGAGGAUGACUUUGGUGGUGAGAAACGAAAUAGAUUUCGACAACUCAAGAAGAAGAAGAAGAAGGGUGGAGCUGCACAUGAUUUUUGGGAUCUCGAUUGUGAAGAAGAGAAGGGUGCCUGUUGGAUUUCGGAUAUGGGAAGAAGACGACUAAGGUAA